GGCAACGACGCCGGUCAGCUCGCUAGAGUCGCCGGAUCGGUUCAGUCUGUCGCUUGAAUUGUACGCGCUUGUUCGUCACUCGUUACUACUCUGUGCCGCGUUCGAACCGAACUUUGUGCAAUCCUAGAUAAGUGUGGAUCGGAUUAUUUGCAGUGUGUGUGACGCUCAAUGACAUCGGAUGUGGAUUUUUAAGUGCUCACGUCAAUAUUCUAUUGAUACGAGCCGAUGGUUCUUUUGAAUAGUAACAUGAAAAUUAAUGGUUGCUACUAAGGGACAAAACUGAAAAAUGACAAUUGAUAAAGCUGGUCGCCCACCAGCGCCACGUCGUACGUCGACAUACAGAAGCUACGACGAGCUCGGUAUUAUAGAUAGAGGAAGACCUUUACGAUAUCGCCAUGGAGGCGUCGAAGAUUUAUCAGGAAUAGAACAUUUGCGUUACAGAUCCUACGGAGCCAACGACAUGGAUAACAUAACUGUUAUAAGCUCUGAGGAGUUACCCAAACCUAAACGAAAGACUAUGGAGGGUUUGGCUAGUGGAUUCAGAAGGACAUUUUCUGUUCGUAGCAGACGGGAACCCGAGGGGAUUCCUAUGGACACUUUCAGUGUGACUUGUGAGGAAAAUUUUGCAACUGUCAGAGGUGCGCCGUUCGGUAGACGCAGAUCUCUGUCUAGGGAUCGAGGAUCUUCGUUGUUAGGAAGGAGUUCUUCAGAGGGAGACGUGAGAAUACCUCUUCCUCGCGCUCCACCUGCCAACCCGACUCCUAGAUUGCACCGUUGUCUCCGCGCCUUGGGAGGAAGCUGGAAGAACCUUCUAUUAUUGGGCGGUAUGUCGCGCGGUGGCAGCGGCGCCGGCAAGACGGCGACUGCCAAACGCGUGCCCCCUCCAGCGGUGCCUGGGGACGCGUUUGGCACGCCGCAGCACCGCCACUCGGGGUCCAGCUUCGGCUCGCAGGGGUAUGCCUCCUGUGAAGAGCAGGCGUAUCCGCAGCCCCCCGACACUCCUUCACACACUAGAGACGACCACUCCGACUAUGGCAGCACAGUGUCCGGUGUGUCCGGAGUGUCAGGCGCCAGCGGCAGUCUGGGCAAGAGUCCGGCUGGCGGAGGCACGUUCACCUUCCCGCCGCCCUCACAGCCGCUCACACACAAGGCCGCGGUGUACUACCACCAUCAGCUGGCACUGAGCGAUGAUCAGGGGAUUGAUAUGACCCAGAGUCCAGGGCGCGAUAGUCCGGGCUCAUCAUCAGGUUCAGCCGGCUCCGGUUCCCGCCACUCCUCAGCCUCCCUGGACAGCGGCAGAGCCUCGGGUCGGAUGCCGCACCACCACCACUCGGCGUGCCACUGCGGUGACACCGUUGACAGAGUACGCGCGAUGAUAGCUCAAGGAUUACCAGAUCCCGACAUAAUCCACGCUUGGUUGGCCGAUUUACAAAUGGAGGAGUAUGCGAGGCUGUUCAUAGAGGCGGGUUACGACCUGCCCACCGUCACCAGGAUGACUCCUGAAGACCUGACAGCUGUUGGCAUCAAGAAACCAAACCACCGCAAAAGGUUAAAAGCCGAGCUCGCUAACCUGAACGUGCCUGAUAACUUGCCUGAUUAUAUACCGGGAUCUCUGGAGGAAUGGCUCCGUUUGCUGCGACUUGAGGAGUACGGACCCGCGCUGGUGGCACAAGGCUACCGCACCGUGCAUGACGUCACGCAACUCGCGUGGGAGGAUUUAGAAGACAUGGGAAUCGUCCGACUCGGUCAUCAAAAGAAGAUCCUCCUCGCAAUCAAAAGAGUCAAAGACAUCAGAGCAGGAAAGCGGAGCAUCAGUAACCAGGGAUCGCUUGAUUUCACACGAAUACCCGGACAGGAUUUAUAUCCGAGGGAGCAUUACCAGCCCUGGGAGAGACACGCGAGGAGUUACCAUAAACCCCCUGAUCUAAAGUUUGACGCCAUACCGACGCCCCUAUGUGGCACAGACUUGGUCCCCAUCCAGAUACGUCAUCCACGAGGUAAAUCGCUUGAAAGCUUAGAAGACCCAGCCGAGCGGACAUCCCAUACAACGUUCUCCCCAGAAGCGGGGUUCUACUAUGGAGGACAAUGGCGGCGAUCGUACGACGACGGGGACAUAACGCCUACUAACGACAGCUCGUACGAAGGCGGGGGUACUCUACCACGUCCCAGGGGGCUAGUCAGACCCCGACCGGUAGCUAAGAUCCAAGCUACCCCAGCCUAUAGAGACAAAUCCCCCGAUUACACAUACGACGAAAUCGCGUAUUCCGCACGAUUACAGCGCGUGGCAUACGGGGCAAGUCCUCACGUGGCCAGGAAACCGCCGCCAGAACCCCCCAAGAGACAAAGCUCUCAAUACACUCCGUUUACUAGAUUCGGACAGACAACGGUUGAAAUCCAUCCAGAGAAGAGUCUUCCAUUGAGUUUGCCGGCGUAUCCCAGUUCGGACUCUCUGAGCGUUUCUUUGGACAGUACGGGACUACUCCCUCCGCCUCCGGCGCCCUCUUCCCCGCCGAGGAGAUAUGAAGACGACAAAAUGAGGACCGGAUCCGAUGCUAGCUUUAAGUCCAGUUCCAGUACAGAAUCAGACAGCAUUCCAUUCGCGAAUGAAAACGCGGGUACAAUAAAACAGAAUCGCGGACAAAUUGCGGGUAGACCGCACACCGUGGACUACGGCCGAGCUGGUAUCGGCCUCUCCAGCCUUCCACCGCGGAACCCUGACAUCAAGUCCAACCACCCCCUCCCUGAGCACAAAGACGAGAACAAAAGUACCGAAACCGUCGACGUCCUAAACGACAUAGGCAACAUGCUGGCCAACCUAACGGAUGAAUUGGACGCCAUGUUGGAAGAAGAGAAACGUCAAGGCCUGACAGAUUCGUAAAACCGUUGAAAUCUUUUAUUACCUAAUGUACUCGAAUACAAAAUUAAUUUUAGUAAAAAAAAACAACCUAUAAAUUAUUUUCCAAAGAUUACUCUUGAUCAGUACUUAAGAUCAAUAUUCGGUUUGGAAUAUUGAAGGUAUAUCCAUGUUUGGAAAUCCUAUUUCCAUUUGAAACUAAUGUAAAAUUUACGUCCGUGAUGUGUGAACGAGAUAAAUUUCAACUCCUAAAACAUAUUGAGACAGCAAUAAUUCUGUUUUAUAAAAGCUGAACAUUCGACGCCAAAGCAUGCUUACCUAGUUCGCAUACUAAGUUCGCGUACUUUAGAUUAAGUUCGUCUUUAGAGUCUAUGUAAAAUCAAUUUCACAGUUAACACCCAUUAAUCUGAAUUUUGUAAUAAUAUAUUCUAUGUAUGUGACCAACAAUUGAAACAUGAAGCUUUUUACAAUAUCGUAGAUCGAAUCUAGUGUGCAAUUUUCGCGGUUUUUUUACUAACUGCACGCGCCUUCACUGCCUUCGUUCAUCGCCUUGCUCUCUUAUUUCUAUUGCCAAUACCAACUAUACAAUGUAGUAUUUUUCACUCUGACAAAUUUAAUACAUAGUGACAUAGUCUUCUUUAACGACACAAUAGGACUGACGGAAUGACUUUCUAAGACUAAUUAUGUCCAUGUGGGAUUUACUUAUUAUUAAUUCUGCGGAAUUAAAUGCCAUUAUUAUUAAUAUGAAAGUCUUUAAUAUACCUGUCUCUUGAGACAUAGGUAAUUGUAUUAUAGUAUUUUAUACUGAUCAGUAGACAUAUUGAGGUUUAUAAUAGGUUACAAAUGUUAAUAAUUAUUUCUCUGUUUGUCGACAUUUUGUUGUUAUUUUAUUGUUUAAAGUAGUGUCUGAUUUUUUAAUAGUUACUUUUAUUUCCUUAUCCGCUAGGAACCAUAGACAAUUAGGUAUAAAUGGAUCCAAAAAACAGAUGAAAAUGGCUAUUUUUGUAAAUAAUGUUUUACUUAAAUUAUGUCAUAGAAUGAAUAUAUCCAGUAGCUAGUUUUCCAUGUACAAUAAAAUUGUAGAGUACUUGAAUAAUAUUGUGUAGAAUAGACUAGUUAGAAUUUAUACAAAAAUGAUAUCUCUAGAGAAUAGUGUGACAACUUAGGGAUUACAAAAAAUGUAUAAACAACCUUCAUGUAAAUAGGCACAGAGUUUGUGAUCAGCAGGGUUACGUUAUGCGAACAUUUCUUUUUUCGGAUAAAGUAUACAUACCUAUAUUAUUUAUUUAUGUAUUCCUGUAUGUGAAAAGUACAAAAUAAAAAAUGAAAAAUUUGAAAAUUCUAGUAACAGCUUUGUAUAGGUAUUUAAUUACAAAUUUUACAUUGAGUACGUACAGAACUUCUAAACAGUUGUGAUUUCGUAAAUCUUUUAGUCACAAGCUCUUUGACUAUAUUAAUUAGCUAUAAGGCCUGAAUCACAUUUAUCCAUAUAGUUUUACAGACAUUAUAUUUUAAAUCAGUUGACAUUGUGAAUUACUGUAAUUUUUAUCUAGGCACCUUUAAUUUUAUUUAUUAGUUCGUAACAAACGUUUUAUUUUUUUUCAAUUUAGUAGAGUCAGAUUUUUUGUAGAGUCUGAAGUGAUAUUAAUUAAAGUAAAUGUUAUUAUUUUAAACAUUAUGUAACGUGUAAUGUAUUUUAUUUAGGUAUGAAUGGGAUUCAAGCCUUCAAAAAUUCAAAUAAUUAGGAUUUUGAAUUUUUGACCCUCACUAUACUGUAUAACAUUUAUUACCUAUUUUGGUUUUAAUUACUUCAUUCUUACAUAAUCAGCAAGACCUUUUGGAGAACUCAAAAAGCUUAUGCUGGGCUUAUCGAGCUAGAUGCUAUUUAAUUUUGCUAUCGUGCAUAUCUUAAAAGCAAUAAAUAAUAUAAUAUUGUAUUUUGAAGAAAUCCAUUCAGUUGUCUUUGGCUCAAAACAUCAAAAAAUAUAAAAAUAAAGUGAUGAGUAAUAAACAUACUAUCGUUGUUGUUUAGAUACAUCAUUGUAUAUAUAAAUGUAACCACAACCUAUUCCUGAACUUUUUAUACAUAUUUUAUUACAAUAAUUAUAACUAUAUUGUAACUAAUUACAUUUUUAGAGUUUUGUUUUUGUUUUCCUUUUGAAGUGAUAAAUAUGCAGUGGCCAUAUUAUAUUAGUGCUUACUCCAAACAAUAUUAUAGAUACCAUAGACACGACGAAGUGGAAUUUAUUUUCAAUACCUGGUAAAAUUACUGUCAAUAUGAAUUCGAAUAUUGAACAUACAAAAAUUUGAUAUUUUUACAUUAACCUGAUAGCUAACAUGACACAUAACUACAAUAAAUAAAUAACUCUAGUAACUAUUUGUAGAAUAUUAUUAAAAAAAUUUAGCUUUGUACUGUAAAUAAAUUAGGUAGAGGUCAGUGUUUGUAUACAGUCUCCUUUGAUACCCAACAAACACAUCUUGUUUAGAACUUUUGUAUACUUCCCUAUAAAAAAGACAAUUGCGUCUUUAAAAAUAAACCGUCACUUUUGUUACUUUUAGUUUUUAUUUCUUCUAAUAGGGUCGCUAGAAUAGGACGGUGCUAGAUAUAAAAUUGUAAAGCAAACCAUUUUUCAUGAUGAUUAUUAUUUUUUUAUACCUAUUAUAAAUAAAUUUACCUUGUUCUGUGAACUAGUCAAAAUUUUCUGUUCAGUGGCGGUUAUUAUAAAUUAAUGUAAUGUAUGGACUAUUACUGAAAACAGCUUGUAAUAAUUAUAUCCUUAUUUUGUAGUUCAGUUCUUAUUUGAAUAAAUAUUUGUAAUAUUUAAAA